UACAGUACACGAAGCUGUUAGUAUGGGUGUAUUGAUGGGACAGUGUGCCUAUGUUGUGUUUUUGAGCGAUGGCAGUGAAUUAUUUUGAUGUGAAGUGAGUUCAGCAGGUGGCAGUGUCUAUCAGAGCAGCUCAACAAUGAGACUUGGAACAUUGUAACAUUCGAACGUUCGAACACCGCGCGCGCGGAGAUACAAUGUAUUGAGCCCGACAGAUGCUGCCGCGCGGCAACACGGAUGCGAAUUAAACCUGCGGAAUGGCUUAUAAUUUCUCUCUAACGUCCAUUCGAAAGCUCCAAUCGCUCAAUCCUCGAACCGACAGCUAAUACUGCCAGGCACAGGCUGCUGUGUUCGCGUACGCUGGCUCAUGGCGGAGUUUGUCGCCGAGAACUGCGUGGUAUCAUCGCAAAACGGCGGCGGGAAAUCUGCCCAGCCCGACGAUGAGGCGGAGGGCAGAGCUCCGUGCGAGGUGUCGGUCUCGAACGGGGACUGUGGACUGGGCGAACCCGAGAAGCAAGGGCUCGAGAAUGCCACAUCUGUCGUGUCGGACGGUAAACCUGGACUACCACGGAAGACCAGUAUUAUAAAGGAUGGCUCCAGGCGAUGCAAGGAAAGGAAAAAGACAGUGUCGUUCAGUAGCAUGCCAACAGAGAAGAAAAUCAGCAGUGCAAGCGACUGCAUUAAUUCAAUGGUGGACGGCUCGGAACUGAGAAAAGUACGCUCCAACUCAAGAGUCUACCAUCGCUACUUCCUCCUAGAUGCUGACAUGCAGUCUUUGCGGUGGGAGCCAUCCAAAAAAGAAUCCGACAAGGCCAAGAUUGAUGUCAAAUCUAUUAAAGAGGUGCGAACUGGUAAAAACACAGACACCUUUAGGACCAACGGAAUUUCGGAUCAAAUUUCAGAGGAUUGUGCAUUCUCCGUUAUUUAUGGGGAGAACUACGAGUCACUCGAUUUAGUGGCAAAUUCAGCGGAUGUAGCUAAUAUAUGGGUGACGGGACUCAGGUACCUUAUAUCUUAUGGAAAGCACACCCUUAACAUGAUUCAGAGUAGCCAGGACAGCAUGCGUGCCUCCUGGCUGGGCGACCUCUUCGACGAAGCCGAUGUGAUUGGCGGAAAAUGCAUCAGUCUUUGUUCAGCCAUACAGCUGAUCAAAAAGUUAAGUCCCGGAGUGAAAAAUGUCAAGAUAGAGCUCAAGUUUAAGGAGUUGCACAAAGCAAAAGAUAAAACAGGUUGCAACGUGACCAAAGAGAAGUUCAUUGAAGUCUUUCAUGACCUCUGCACAAGACCAGAGAUUUAUUUUUUGUUGGUUCAGUUCUCAAGCAACAAGGAAUUUCUCGAUACCAAGGACUUGAUGAUUUUUUUGGAGGCAGAACAAGGUAUGGCCAAAGUGAGUGAAGACAUCAGCAUAGAAGUUAUUCAGAAAUAUGAACCCUCAAAAGAGGGGCAACUCAAGGGAUGGCUUUCCUUGGAUGGAUUUACCAAUUACCUCAUGUCACCGGACUGCCACAUAUUUGAUCCUGAACAAAAAACAGUAUGCCAAGAUAUGAACCAACCCCUUUCUCACUACUACAUCAACUCUUCCCAUAAUACCUAUCUGAUUGAGGACCAGUUCCGGGGUCCAUCAGAUAUAACCGGGUACAUCCGUGCCCUAAAGAUGGGCUGCAGAAGUGUGGAACUUGAUGUGUGGGAUGGGCCAGAUAAUGAACCAGUCAUUUACACUGGCCAUACACAGACCUCACAGAUCGUCUUCCGCAGUGUCAUUGACAUCAUCAAUAAAUAUGGUUUCGUGGCAUCAGAAUUUCCUUUGAUCUUGUGCUUGGAGAACCACUGCUCUUUACAGCAACAAAAGGUAGUGUUUCAACACCUUAAAAAGAUACUUGGGGACAAAAUUCACUCAGAUCCUCCCAACAUUGAGGACAACUACCUUCCGUCCCCCUCGGAAUUGAAGGGCAAGAUUCUUUUGAAGGGAAAGAAACUAGCGAGCAACUUUACAGGCUCCGAAGGUGAGGUGACAGAUGAGGAUGAAGGCGCGGAAAUGUCUCAACGAAUGAACAAUGAGGGAGGCGAACAGCAAACAGUUGCUCAACCCAAACGGUUUCAGCUCUCCAAGGACUUGUCUGACUUGGUAACCUUGUGUAAAUCCGUCCGGUUUAAGGACUUUCAGACAGCUUUCCAGAACCAGAAGCACUGGGAGCUUUGCUCCUUCAACGAGGUCUUUGCUUGUCGGUGUGCCACAGACUUCCCUGGGGACUUUGUUAACUACAACAAGAAGUUUCUGGCAAGGGUUUAUCCCAGUCCAAUGCGGAUUGAUUCCAGCAACAUGAACCCUCAGGACUUUUGGAAAUGUGGCUGUCAAUUAGUAGCAAUGAACUACCAAACACCGGGUCUCAUGAUGGACCUCAAUAUCGGUUGGUUUCGACAAAACGGCAACUGUGGUUACGUACUACGCCCAGCCAUCAUGAGGGAGCAGGUGUCUUAUUUCAGUGCCAAUACUAAGGACUCAGUUCCUGGUGUGUCUCCACAGCUUCUUCACAUAAAGAUUAUUAGUGGACAAAACUUUCCCAAACCCAAAGGCUCAGGUGCCAAAGGUGAUGUCGUAGAUCCCUAUGUUUACGUUGAAAUUCACGGCAUCCCUGCAGAUUGCGCAGAGCAAAGGACUAAAACGGUCCAUCAGAAUGGCGACAAUCCCAUCUUUGAUGAGAGUUUUGAGUUUCAGAUUAAUCUUCCGGAACUGGCAAUGGUGCGCUUUGUCGUUUUGGACGAUGACUACAUUGGGGAUGAGUUUAUUGGUCAGUACACCAUUCCGUUCGAGUGCAUUCAGCCUGGUUUCCGCCACAUUCCCCUUCAGUCUCUAACAGGUGAAGUGUUACCACACGCCUGGCUCUUCGUCCAUGUGGCUAUUACGAAUCGGCGUGGAGGCGGUAAGCCUCACAAAAGGGGGCUUUCGGUCCGCAAGAGUAAACGGGGUCGGGAAUACGCCACCAUGAGGAUACUUCUCAUCAAGUCUGUAGAUGAAGUCUUCAAAACUGCUGCACAGCCACUACGGGAAGCCACGGACCUCAGAGAGAACAUGCAGAAUGCUAUUGUGCCCUUUAAAGAGCUGUGCGGUCUGUCUGCGGUGGCCAACCUGAAGCAAUGUAUUCUCGCACUUUCUCCGCGCCUCAUCGGGCCAGACAACAGCCCAGUUCUGCUGUUUAACCUUAAGGAUCAGUAUCCCACCAUGGAGGCCCAGGGUCUGCUGCCUGAAGUCCUGAAGAAAGUGGUCACAACUUAUGAGAUGAUGAUCCAGACAAGUCAAACACUGCUUGAGAACUCUGAUAGUGUGUACGACAGAAUACUGCAAGUCCAGAAAGCAGCGAUGGAGUUUCAUGAGAAUCUACAUGUCAUGGCGGUGAAGGAGGGACUCAAAGGAAGAAAACUCCAUAAAUCUGUGGAGAGCUUCACCUGGAACAUCACAAUUCUGAAGGGCCAGGCUGAUCUGUUGAAACAUGCCCGAGCUGAAGUGCUCGAAAACCUGAAACAGAUCCACUAUGCUGCGCUCACCUGUAAUCUGGUGAAGGGAGGAGGGCCUGGGCCAUCAUCAGGGUCUGACUCCAAGGGCCGGCACAGUCUAGAGGCCAUUCCCGAAAAAGCUGUCGGCGAGGAGGACAUCACGGAUGAGGAGAACUGAGGGUGCUGAUCCCUUCCGCCCAAAAAAAAAAAAUCACACAAAUUCUGCUUCUCGAUCCCAGGGCCAGAAGCAGAGGCAUCUGUGAACAUUCUGAACAAGCUCAGCACAUCACCCACUGGAUGCCUCCGAAAGAAAUCCGCAGAAAAGGGGUGCUUUAGGAGAGGAGCAAAGGUCUGUUUCCGUCUCCGCCCAAUCUACUUCCUGUGUCCUGCCCCCCGCCCAUGUCUCUUCUUAACGCCACAGGUCUCUAGGGUCAGGUGGCCGUUCCAAACCUCGCUUAAGGGCAUUUCUACAAGCACAAACUUUAAGAGUAUUAAGAGGAAUUCGAACUGGAGCCAUGAAUGUAAUAGAAUUCAGAUUUGAAUCCAGAUUCUGGAUGUCGAGUGUGAAUGGAAAGAGGAAAGCUGUUUACAAUAAGAACUAAUUCAUGUUCUGUCUGCAAAAUAGUAUGUGUGUUGUGUGUAUAUAUACAGUAAUAUAUAUAUAUAUAUAUAUAUAUAUAUAUAUAUAUAUAUAUAUAUAUAUAUAUAUAUAUAUAUAUAUGGAGAUGUUACCUUUUUUCGCUAUGUGAACUUUUAAUGGAGAUUAUUUUGUUAAAGAAAUGGAUGUUUUAAAAGAUUUCAUAUAUUAUUUGCUUGUACAAAUAUGUCCAGAAAGGAUCUUACAAGAUCAGACCCUUUCCGUUUUUUAUUUUUAUUAUUAUUAUUUGUAUAGAUUUAGGAGGAAUUUGAGGGCGUAUGCCACUUUGUGAUUCAAGAGAGAGUCUAGUUUUAGAUAUUACCAGCAGCUACUGUACAUGUGAAUAGGUAAGUGUCUAAAGGCCGAUUGUUAAGUGUCUUCGGACAUGCACACACUGCAACGUUUCAGGAGUGACAAUUGCAUUUAAAGCUGCAUUUAAAAUGUCACGAUUUACAAGUUACAAUUUAAUGUAAAUGCUGUUGUCACUACCUACAUUUUUCAGUACAGAACAGGACUGAACACUCAAGUGGCAUGCAGUUGAAUUUUGCUGCAUUGUGAACGUGGCCCUUGAGAGCAGACCGAAUACUAUAUGUUGAGUGUUGCGGUUAAGCUUAUCAACCAUUCCUGGAAACAAAGUAGUUUAUGAAUACUGUUAAAAUAUGAUUCUACCAUGUUGCUAAAGAUCUGUCUUACAUUGCCUUUAAUCCGACAAGUCGCUUAUAGUUUGUCAGUAUUUGUUUUUUUUGGCUCAUUCCGUUGGUCUUCUCAUUGUGCCAAGCUACUGUUGGAUCUUGUGAACUACUUUCAUAGGAUUUUACAAGUUGUGACCAGAGAAUUAACUGGACAUGAAAAAAGAAACAGUUUGUUUAUACAUUUCAGUGCUGUUAUUGUGUAUUUAUAACUAUAGUUAACCAUUUAUACCAGUGAGGAGUGGAUGAUGGUUUCCAAGACUCUGUUUAGACCCCAUGCUCUGAAAUAAACCAUUAAUUAAAUUCUUGAA